UGGCUGGCUGGACGCUCGCUGGCUGGCUCGCCGCUCUCGCGCCGCUCGGUUCGGCUCCGGCGGUCCGGCAGUCGGUCCGUCCGCCCGCCUGGCGGGGCGAGGCGGGGCAGGAGGCCGGGGCCGGGCCGCGGCGCCCGGAGAUGGUGAUCUGCUGCGCGGCGGCGAACUGCUCCAACCGGCAGGGCAAGGGCGAGAAGCGGGCCGUGAGCUUCCACAGGUUCCCACUUAAGGAUUCGAAACGCCUGAUCCAGUGGUUGAAAGCGGUUCAGAGGGAGAACUGGACUCCCACCAAGUAUUCCUUCCUCUGCAGUGAGCAUUUCACCAAAGAUAGCUUCUCUAAGAGGCUGGAGGACCAGCACCGACUUCUCAAACCUACAGCUGUGCCGUCCAUCUUUCACUUGGCAGAGAAGAAAAAAAGUCCCCGCGGUCAUGUCCGGGGUCGGAGGAAGGAGGCUGGCCCACCUCCCGGGGAUGUAAGGGAGCCCCGGGAGGAAGCCGGCUGUGAAGCCCCUGAAUGUUCGGCCCUGCCCGUGGAUGAAGAGCCCUUCGUAGAAGAAGAGGUUGGAGAGAUGGAAGUGUCAGUGCCCCAGUCUGAGCAAGGGGCGGAGAGGCCCAGCCCCCUGGAGGGGUCUUCCCGGAGGCCUCCUGACAACAGUUUGGCCCCAGAGCCCAGUGUCCCCAGGAUGUCAGAGCGCCCUGCUCUGGGGGGCCGUAGCGAAACAGACACCCCAGCUGAGGCUGGGAAUUCAGACAAGAGUGGCUUCUCCGUCGAUGACUUCACCCCUCCAGGCUCAGGGGCGUGCAAAUUCAUCGGCUCUCUGCACUCGUACAGCUUCUCCUCCCGGCACUCGAGAGAGAGGCCCUCGCUCCCCAGGGAGCAUCUGGACAGGAAGAGGCUCAAGAGGGACGUGGAGCCGAGCUGCAGCCGCAGCAGUGGGGCCCCCGGCACCUGCUUGGCCGGGAGCACGCCGAGCUCCUCACUGACCGCCACGCCUCAGAAGCCGUCCCAGAGCUCGUCGGCCCCCCCGCCGGACGUCACUCCAAAACCCGCCACGGAAGCCGUGCUGGGACAGAAGGGCGACACGGACGCCAACCCCAUGUCCAUCAACGAGGUCAUCAUGUCGGCCUCGGGGGCUUGCAAGCUCAUCGACUCGCUGCACUCGUACUGCUUCUCCUCCCGGCCCAGCAAGAGCCAGGUGUGCUGCCUGCGGGAGCAGGUGGAGAAGAAGAAUGGCGAGCUGAAGCUGCUGAGGCAGAGGGUGAGCCGCUCGGACAACCAGGUGAAGAAGCUGCGGGAGAAGCUGGAGGAGGUCAAGAGAUUCACUUUCCCCUACUUGAACGGCCUUUUAGCCCCGGACUGUGAGACCCCUAAGAUGAACCCCGUCAUCGAGCCUCUCUCCUGGAUGCUGGGCACCUGGCUCUCGGACCCCCCGGGAGACGGCAUCUACCCGACCCUGGAGCCUUUCCAUUACCUGGAGGAGGUGCACAUCACCCAUGUGGGCCAGCCCAUGCUCAACUUCUCGUUCAACGCCUUCCAUCCGGACACUAAGAAGCCGAUGCACAGAGAAUGUGGGUUCAUUCGCCUCAAGCCUGAUUCCAACAAGGUGGCCUUUGUCAGCGCCCAGAACACAGGUAUCGUCGAGGUGGAAGAAGGGGAAGUGAACGGGCAGGAGCUGUGCAUCGCCUCUCACUCGAUCGCUCGGAUCUCCUUUGCCGCGGAGCCCCGUGUGGAGCAGAUCAUGCGGACGUUCCGCCUGAACGCCGAAGGCCGGCUGGAGCAGACGGUCUCCAUGGCAACCACCACCCAGCCAAUGACUCAGCAUCUUCACAUCACCUACAAGAAAGUGACCCCGUAAGGGGGCGGGGCGGCUCGGGAAAGCGAGGCGGGACCACGCCCACUCCGGGGGUGGGGCGGGCGCGUCCCGGGGCCCCCAGAUGUGCCCCAGCUAGCCCCAACGUGGCAAAGAAACCAAAUAAAACCCCUUUAUUUUUACGGCUGCGGUUUUGAACGUU